AAACUCAGAUGAAAUGGUACCCUCAGGAAAGCAUGUGGCUCUGACCUCUUCUUGAGACUGUGGGGAGGGGAGGUUAGAUUCCCCCCCCCUUUCUGCCCCUAUCUUCCAACUAGGAAUGCUUCCUCCGCAGAUAUGAAGUUGUUGAACUCUUGAUUCCCAUUUGAACACUCCCCAUCUACCUCCCCCCUCUCUGUGACUUUUCAGCCCCAAUUUGCUGGGGCUGAGAUCAAGAAAGUCCAUUUUCUUUGUGGGGGGGGGGACCGAAGUGGAAGUAAAGGAGCUCCCUCCCCACGCAUGCACCAUGUUUCUUCUAAUGGGAUGUGGAAGUGAUAGCUGACAAUGUGGAGUGGGGUUCAAGAAGGCAAUCCAAACUAUUAAGGAGCGUAAUAUCGGAACAAGUUUCCCCCCCCCAAGUGGAAAGGGGACGACGACGACAAAGAAGUUGCCUUCAGCCGCACAGAGAAUAACCAUGGGCUGUGCUCCCAGCAUCCAUAUCUCAGACAGCAGGGUGGUCUACCACAGCAACAAAGAGCCUGAGGACUCGAACUCAUCGCAGCAGCAACAAGGCCACCCUGUCCCUGGGUUAUUCAUUAAAUCCUCCAACACCUCCACAUACAAGUUAAGGACGAACCCCUCCAAGAAGGACAAGCGUGACCACAGCCGGAGCAUGGAAGUAGAGACUCAGGCCAGCAGAUCCAGCAUUAAGGCAGUGGGAACAGAUGUGCAGUUUGGCCCUAUGAGACUCCACCAAGAUCAACUUCAGGUUCUUUUAGUGUUUGCCAAAGAAGACAACCAGAGUAAUGGGUUCUGCUGGGCGUGUGAGAAAGCUGGAUAUCGGUGUAACGUUGCCAGGACACCUGAAUCUGCCCUUGAGUGUUUCCUGGAUAAGAACCAUGAAAUCAUCAUUAUUGAUCAUAGGCAUUCGCGAUACUUUGAUGCAGAAUCACUAUGCAGGUCCAUUAGAUCAACAAAAUUAGCUGAAAACACUGUUAUUAUUGGUGUCGUGCGAAGACAUGCGGAUCGUGAAGAGUCCUCAAUAUUGCCCCUCAUUUCUGCUGGCUUCACAAGGAGGUAUGUAGAAAAUGCCAAUAUCAUGGCCUGUUACAACGAACUCAUGCAACUGGAAUUUGGAGAAGUGCGGGCACAAUUUAAACUAAGGGCUUGUAAUUCAAUAUUUACGGCAUUAGAGAAAAAUCAAGAAGCCAUUGAGAUCACAAGCGAAGACCAUGUAAUACAGUACAUAAAUCCUGCGUUUGAAACAAUGAUGGGCUAUCAAAAAGGUGAAUUAAUAGGAAAGGAAAUAACAGAAGUGCCUAUAAAUGAAAAAAAAGCUGAUCUCCUUGAAACUAUUAAUUCUUGCAUCAAGAUAGAAAAGGAAUGGCAAGGAACGUAUUAUGCCAAAAAGAAAAGCGGAGAGAGCAUACAGCAAAAUGUGAAGAUCAUACCUGUCAUUGGACAGGGAGGAAAAAUUAGACACUAUGUGUCACUUAGCAGCCCAAGCAACGACAAUAAUAAGGCCGAAAGGGUACGCGAACAUGUUCAAGCUGAGUCCCAGACAGAUAACCAGUCCUCCAGACACAAAGACAGGAGGAAAGGAUCUCUAGAUGUCAGAUCGACCACCUCACGGGGCAGUGAUGGCAGUUCACAGAGAAGGCACUCUUCUAUGGCCAGAAUACAUUCCAUGACUAUCGAAGCGCCUAUUACUAAGGUGAUUAAUAUAAUCAAUGCUGCCCAAGAAAGCAGCCCCAUGCCGGUUGCUGAAGCUUUAGAUCGCGUCCUUGAGAUUCUGAGGACCACUGAGCUGUACUCUCCGCAGCUUGGGACAAAAGAUGAGGAUCCUCAUACAAGCGACCUUGUUGGAGGCUUGAUGACGGACGGUCUACGAAGAUUAUCAGGGAAUGAGUAUAUAUUAUCAGCAAAACAAACUCAUCAGGUACCAGGCAGCUUAAUCUCGCCUAUCUCCCUUAAUGAUAUACCACCACGAAUAGCACAAGCAAUGGAAAACGAGGAACACUGGGACUUUAAUAUCUUUGAAUUGGAAGCAGCGACCCAUAAAAGGCCUUUGGUUUAUCUUGGUCUCAAAAUGUUUGCUCGCUUCGGAAUCUGCGAGUUCCUAAACUGCUCUGAAUUGACUCUGAGGUCUUGGCUGCAAAUCAUCGAAGCCAAUUAUCACUCAUCUAAUUCCUACCACAAUUCUACCCAUGCUGCCGACGUCCUCCAUGCCACAGCCUACUUCCUUUCUAAAGAAAGGGUAAAACAAACUUUGGAUCCCAUCGAUGAAGUCGCAGCCCUGCUUGCUGCCACCGUGCAUGAUGUGGAUCACCCGGGUCGGACGAAUUCCUUCCUGUGUAAUGCAGGAAGUGAGCUGGCCAUUUUGUACAAUGACACGGCAGUGUUGGAGAGCCAUCACGCCGCUUUGGCCUUCCAGCUUACCACGCGGGACGAUAAAUGCAAUAUUUUUAAAAACAUGGAGCGGAAUGAAUACCGAACCCUCCGGCAGGCGAUUAUCGACAUGGUCUUAGCCACGGAAAUGACCAAGCACUUUGAGCAUGUCAACAAGUUUGUCAACAGCAUAAAUAAGCCUUUGGCAGCCCUUGAUGAAAUCGGGAGUAUGAGCAGCGAUGGCGAGUCUAUCAAAAACGUCCUCACGUCACCCGAAAACCGAAUCCUGAUUAAGCGAAUGCUCAUUAAGUGUGCCGAUAUUUCCAACCCAUGUCGGCCUGUGGAGCAGUGUGUUGAGUGGGCUGGCCGCAUUUCUGAGGAAUAUUUUGCACAGACAGAUGAAGAGAAAAGACAAGGUUUGCCUGUGGUGAUGCCUGUUUUUGACAGGAAUACUUGUAGUAUCCCCAAAUCUCAAAUAUCCUUCAUUGAUUAUUUCAUCACCGACAUGUUCGAUGCUUGGGACGCAUUUGCAGACCUUCCAAAUUUGAUGCAACACCUGGACAACAACUUCAAAUACUGGAAGGGUCUGGACGACAGGAAGCUACGGACUCUUCGGCCCCCACCUGAAUAGCCAUCGCCGCCUCCUCCAAGUACAUACUUUUAACCCAUUGGAAAAACAUAUUCCACCGAGUCUAAAUUUGAUUGUGCAUUUUCAGAUUGAUUUGGGUCUCUUCAGUAUUACAGUAAGGCCUUCCUGUACACAUCCUUGAGGGACUUCGGUGUUCCAGAAAACCCUUGAGAUCAGCAGUAAGCUCCUGCAACCAGAUGUGUAGGGACUCGGUAUCUGGAAAACCUUUUCAAAUUUAAUCACACUGGAUGGCUGCAGUGCCUGUACUGGAAAGGGUUGAUGAGAAAACCCUUUUUUCCCCCCCUUUCGUCUUUUUUUGUUUUGGCAUUCUCUUUGCAUCAGAAUGUGAAGCUUGAAGAUGGCCUCCUCUUAAAAGGAAAGACUUAAAAAGCGCUGAUGAAAAUCCCACGUCGGUGGUGGAUGCGCUCGUAACGAUUCCGACGAUGCUUUUUCAAUAAGCACUUAAAAAAAAAACGUUAUGUCGAACAAUCCAAUAUUUGACAUAAAGACCUUUCAUGAAGGAGGCUUUUUUUUUUGAUCUUCUGAAAAAUGAACAUAUAUUUUUAAUAUCACAGAAGGUGCAAAAUCAUUCACUGUUGAACACUACUGAGAGCGAGUUCUCUUCAAAGAAAUUUAGUAGCAAAUGUUGACAAACAACAAACCAACCCAACCCGGCAAUUUUUUUUUUUUUGAAGUUGAUUGUUAGGCCUCUAUGAUUAAAAUGUGUUUUAUUUAUUUUGUCAGAUGUUUAAUAUUUUCUAUGAAUUUAUAAAAAGACUUUAAAAGCCAAAGCCAACUUUAGACACAUUACAGAUUUACAUGAUUCAUACUCGUUAUGCAUUUAAUUGAAGUAAAAACCUUUUAUUUUCAUAAUGCAAAACGCCGUAUAAAUGAAGAGAGGACACAUUUUUAUUGCACUGUAAGGAUAGAUGCAUAUGUUGAGAUAUUGUCCAAUUCUAUGUUAAUUAAAGUAAGCUUUUUUAAAAAAAAACAAAGGGUCUCAUUGUAGAGGCAAAAAAAAAAUUG